UCGACUUUAGUUUCGGCUGUACGUUGUUUGUGAGUCAGUCAGUCAGUCAGUAAUGCAAGAAUAUAAGUAAAAAUUAUUCAGGUACUUUUGUUCAAUAAUAUUAUCGUAGACAGGGGAAAUUCAGGUAACUUAUAGCUAUUUUCGAAGUUUUGCAGUUUGUAAUAAGAUUUUUUUCUAUAUUUAAUCAAAGAUAUUUCAACAUUUCGAGUCUGCUACGAAUACUCAUGUAUAUAUUUUAUUUUUUUAUUUCCUUUAUUUAGACCAGUACCUCAAUUCAGAAGCUCAAAAAAUUGGCAUUGCGCAUUUUGUAAAAUUCUUUUUUUUUUACAGUUUAGCGUUUAAAUAAUAAGUAAUACACGAUUUAAAAAAAGCGAAGCAGCUACGAACUAUGUCCAUUCCGACACAAAGAACGCCAAAUUGACCAUUUUAACCAAAGUGAAAUGUCAAAAUGAAAUGGAUCCCUUGAAAACUAGUAGAAAUUCGUCUUUUUGGGCAGCAAACGAUAAAAAGAUAACAUGCACGAGUAGUAUCGAACGAUCGAAGGUUACUUAUUAUGAGUUUCUGUUGUUUGUAACUUAAUCAGAUGAAAAUAUAUCGGUAGUGAUGCUUAUACAACAUCUAUAGCGAUUUAGUUAUUCGAACAUACAUAUAAAAGACGAAAAUAUAUCUGAUAAUAAUCAAUCAUGGUGAUAUGAAUAAAAAACAAGUCAAUAUUUACCUGAGUUUGCUAAAAGUCUUAUUAUAAUAUGUGAUAAUCUAAUUCGACAAUCUUCCUAAUUACCCAGAAAAAGUAUUUGUUGGGUGAUUAGAAGUUGUAUAUAUACUCUUUAUCGAAAGUUUUUGUAGAAGUAUUGAAAAAUGAAGCUGUUGGUAUUGUCUGUGCUGUUAGCUGUUUGCAACGGCAAUCCUGUCCCAACGAUACCUGGGGAUAACAGUUACUACGUGGAGGGAGAGAGCCGUUAUAUUUGGAUGCCAGAUGGCGAAGGUGUACCGCACUUGGUGGAUCUGCAAGAGCCUGUAGACCAGAUGGUUCUCAACAGUAGAAAUGGAGCGAACAACCAAUAUUGGCUAUUCACUAGACAAAAUCCCACGAGCCCUCAAAUUCUCGUCCACAACAAUAUCAACAGUGUCAGAAACUCCAACUACGCAGCCCACCGCGGUUUGAAAGUAAUCGUUCAUGGGUGGAAUAGCAAUGGAAAUACCCAAAUGAAUCCACUUAUCACUUCUGCAUUCCUCGCUGUCCAAGACGUGAAUGUUAUCGUUGUUGACUGGCGCCAGCUCGCUAACACUGGUUAUAACACUGCUGCUUCGGGAGUACCAGGCGUAGGUCAAUUCUUGGGCAAUUUCUUGCAGUGGCUUAUCAACAAUGCUGGUGGCAACUGGAACAAUGUCCACCUGGUCGGCUUCAGUUUGGGUGCUCAUAUUGUCGGUAAUGCUGGACGUCAGGCUGGUGGCAGACCUUCUAGAGUAACAGGUUUGGAUCCCGCUGGUCCUACGUGGGGUGGUAAUCCAAAUGCUUUGAAUCGUAAUGCUGGACGUUUUGUUGAAGCAAUUCACACCGACGGUGGAUUAUUGGGCAUUAUGAAUAGCAUAGCCGACGCCGAUUUCUAUCCAAACGGCGGAAGAAAUCCUCAACCUGGCUGUUGGAUAAGUACCUGCUCUCACGGCCGUGCUACUGAAUUGUUCGCGUCGUCUGUUCGUCAGUCUAACCGUUUUGCGGGAAGCCGUUGUCCCAAUAUUUGGGAAGCUGAACUUUCGACUUGUCAUGGCGAUAUAUUGCACAUGGGCAAUGGCGUUAUUAACAAAUCAGGAUCUGGACUCUUCGCUUUAAGAACCGGCAACGCUUGGCCUUUCUAAGGAACAUCGUUGGCAAAAUGAAACUCAUAAAAUAAACUAAAUAUACUCAUAAAUAUGUAUUUCAUU